GGAUGUCUUGAAGACAAACUUGUCAUUGGCAGUUGAGGGAACGACACAAGGCAAAUUAUCCUCACCGCUUAAGUUUAAAAAUGAGGGCCUGGGUGAUUGUGAUCCUCCUGGGGUACAGGUUCUCUCCAGCCGGCACAACGCAGAGGCAGUGUCCCUGCCAAUAUGAACUACACGCUGUGUGUGCACACGAUCCAGCCACAGUCUCUGUCCCGUGUCCAAAGAUGGCCGGCGAGGAUCUGACAUUUGCGCUUCUAAAGGAUGAGCAAGUGAUUUACAACCAAAAGUGCAAUUACACUAACAACGCGUUGGACUGUGAAUCCAACACCAGCGCUGAUUUGGUGCUACGUGAGGCCAACACAUCCGUCAGCUUUGUCCUUACUGGAGAGACGGCCAGAAAAGGUGGACUCUACAGGUGUGAGGGCAUGGUGACGUUCCCACCUCCCUUCAAAACACAGAUGAGUGCUGUGAGGAUACUGGUGCAUGUGGAGGGUCACCAUUGCAGCACCGGGAAAACCAAAGUGGGCAAUGGAGACCUCAUGAUUUGGAUCCCUGUGCUUGGAAUUCUCUGCAUCUAUAGCAUCAUCAUUACCAUUAUCGCUGUGGUCAACUGGAUCACUGAUCGGCAGGCAGAGUUCCAGAAUGACUACGUUAACACAAAACCCAGUGUCACCAGCCAGCGUAGGAGGGAGGGAGCCUUUAGGAACACUCGACAUCACCACAUUUGAGAACCCAAAUGUCUCCUGAGAUGCUCACUCUUAUUUACGCUGAAGCCAACUGUAUUAUUUUAUUACUGUGUACCCUGAUCAGAGCUUUGUUAAUUGAGGCCAGUUCUUUGAGUUGAGGUUGUGCAAAAUACAUAUAAAAACCUCCUGCGUCUUACACUCAUUCAUACAACUGUGGUUGGACGCUCAUUUGUGGCUGAAUAUUGAAGGUGGUGUUCAAACGUAUUCACCACCCAUGGGGGUUCUCUUUAAGCAUUGUGACCACAAUUUCAGCAGCCCCCAUCUUUAACCACAAAAUGAUGUUGUUGUUUUUUCUGGAGUAAAAAAAUGCAUUCAACUCAAAUGCUACAUUAUAUUGUACAAAUGACUUUAUCUUGAGCAUUUUUGUUUUUUCUGAAAUUGAGGCAGCAGUUUGUUUUCAAAGUACGAAGGAAGGUGUCAGCAUAUUUAAACGGUACUAAAAAACAAAAUCAGUAUAAAAAAUGCAACUGCAAAAUUUCCUGUUUGUACCACAAGUUUCCUCUUCCUUAGGUUUUUGCAAAUGUGGCUGCAUCGAAAACAGUUCGCUCACCGUUUCUGCAAACUUACUAUGAGAACUGGCACUAAGUGCAAGCAGAAAAACUAUCAGCAUAUAGUACAUAUUUGGUAAAUUAAAUAAUUAAAAUCUACAGGAGAAACUGGAGCACAGAUUAGUAACAGUCUCAUAAAAUUUUAAUUGAGUGUUACUAAAUAUCUCAGCUUUGGGUACAUUUGAUGGUUUGAAUAAGUAAUACAAAAUUUACAACAACAGGAUAAUCUACACAUGGUAGCAUAUUCGCAGAUCAUCUGAUCAUCAACCUUUGUGAUAACGGCACAGAUCAUUAGAUGCUGAUCGUCAUGCUUGGGGCUGGCCUUUCCGGAAAGAUUUGUGCUGUGAGGAGUUGUGCUGCCUUCUCUUCAGACUUCAAAUCAUGUUCUGUUAUCUGGGGAGGGAAGAGGAUGGGAUCACUAAGUACUGUGGUAUAUUUGGAUGAAGGAGCUUCUAAAUUCAAGAAAUAGAUAUGAAGUAUUAUUGUGACUAGUGGUUCAAAAUUAGAAUCUUACCAUAAUUGGAUUAUAUCCUAAAAUCUUUAGAUGGCGAAGCUUAACAGCCAGUGGACCUCGCGGUUGAGAUGUACCAAAGCAGAAAGCAGAGGGAGCCAGACAAAGAACUGCCAGCCUAGAACAAUGACAAAAUAGUUCUAUAGUUUAGGAGGGUCCAUUUUGAAGAAAGGCAGUUGUGAGUUGUUCAGGACAACUUCAACAGAACUAUCCAUCCAUCAAUUUUCUUUUCCCGCUUAUCCUCACUAUGGUCGCUGGAGCCUAUCCCAGCUAUCUUCGGACUAAUUUAAGAAAUCUAAAAAGUAGCUGAGUUGCCCUUCCUUGAGCCGUCACCUAUCGCACUGGAAGAGUAGUAAGGUCACAGAGGGCAAUCAGGUGCUUGUGUGGACAGUGAGUCACUAAAGUACCCCAACAAAGACAAAGAACAGUUGACGCACCCAGGCCUGGAAGCUGUGCACGCACUCACCCGGUACAGUCCAAAGAGGCAAAGUGGGUCGUCCUCACCAUUGGCUCACCACCCAUUGGAGGGACCAAAGGGGUCGGGUGCAGUGUGAGCUGGGUGGAGA